UCCCCUCAAUUGGAGGAGAUCCGUAUAAUCCAUAGCUAAAAUUUAAAAAGAAGCAAAGGUGUACGGGUUGCGCUCGCUGCAAGGGGCAGUUGGCAAGAGUCAAAGAAGGUCAGUAGGGCUCGGUUAGGACCCUUGAUCCGGUUCAGCUAGGUUCUUCCAUGCGAAGUCCUUAGGUAGUGGUACUCUUACCUUUCCUUUUCUUGCCCGAGCCAAGGUAUCAUUCAGUCACUACCUGGGCCUUUUCUUCCCCCUACUGACAAUCCUUUAAUGUUUAGGAUUCCAACAGUUAUUGCUUUAGAUGAACCUGUCUCAUGGCCUCAAAACUUAUACAAAUCGCUUCCUACGAAGCUGAGAACCAAACGGAACUCUCUCUAAGGCAGGCCUUUGAGCUUCUGGAACCCAAACUAAGACCCCCAUUUUCCUUGACAAUCCCAGACCAACAGGAGUAUGCUCAGCUCAACAAGGCCAUUCUUUACGGGGUUUUAUGCGAACCCCAUUUUGCCAAAACCCAUAUUAAGCAGUUGCAUGCUAUUGUCACUGAUGGGUAUGGCUUAUUUGUACGUUUGCUUGUCAAGGUUGUUCAUGAAUUGUAUGCGAAGCUCAUCGAAUCCACGAGAAAACAGUUGGUUUGGGUUGCUAAGGAGAUGAUUGAUGUUUCGGCAGUAGGGGUUGCUGGUUUGUUGGUGUGUCUAUUGAGGCAAAUUGUUGGUGGGGAUUAUUGCGAGGGGAAUUUGUGGUUGUGUUUUGAGUUGGUGAGCAUCUUUUUGGCCAAAUGGGAUUGCUUAUUAGAAGAGGAACCAUUGGUUUUGACGAGUGCUUUGUACACGUAUCUUCGGCUAUUAGCUGAUCAUUGUAGGCUAGUGAAUAAUACAAAUUUAGAGGCACUGAAGCAGUUGGAGAUUGAAUUUUGUGUCAAAGUAGUGAGGGAGCAGUUUCAUUUGUGUUUGAGAAUUGGGAGGGAUUUCAUUAGAGUCUUACAAGAUUUGGUCCAUGUGCCUGAGUUUAGAGCUAUAUGGAAAGAUUUAGUAUUAAACCCGAGUGAGUUUAAGACUCCAGGAUUUUCUGAUAUUUCGCAGUUUUAUUGCACGAGGACAUCAAGUCGAUAUGCUUUACUUAGGAUUACUCCAGAAAUGGAGACCCAAUUGCGGUUUUUACUCACACAUGUAAAAUUGGGGAGUCAGAAGCGUCACCAGGAUUGGUUUGCUAAGAAGUUUCUACAUGGGCUGGAGAGAGAGACAAUCGUGAGUGACAUUGUUCGGUUUAUAUGUUGUGCACACCACCCAACUAAUGAAAUUAUUCAGUCAGAUGUUAUUCCAAGAUGGGCUGUUAUCGGUUGGCUUUUGAGUCUUUGUAGGAAGAAUCACGUUGGAGCCAAUGCAAAGCUUGCUCUAUUUUAUGAUUGGCUUUUCUUUGAUGAAGGAGUAGAUAAUCUUAUGAACAUUGAGCCUGCAAUGUUAUUAAUGGUAUACUCCAUUCCCAGAUACAUUGACAUGACUCAUACCCUUCUCGAAUUUUUGUUCCUCCUUAUGGAUAACUAUGAUGUGCAGCGUAAUGAUAUCAUAGUUAGGGGAGUGUCGUCAGCUUUCAGUGUACUUCUUAGGAAAGGAGUGAUUCAGUCAAUGGAUGUUUUGACUUCUUGUGAUGCACUUUCUCCUUUUCUGAGAGAGAGGCUUGGAUGGUCCGUUUCAGGUAUGAAAAUGGGAGUUUCUAAAGAGCAGCAGCCACCCAAUUUUCCUUGUUACUUUUCAGCACGUGUGAGCUUGCCAUACUCGCCCUGUAUGGAAACUCCAUCACCAUCAGUAAAAGGGCAACUUACACGCAUCCAGGAAGACGGGUUUGCCACUAAACCUGUUGAUUCUUCCGUUCCAUCAGUGGUGGCCAGCGAACACCAAGUUGUUUCUGUGGAUAAUUUAAUUAAAAUUUUUAGAGAAAAGAUUAAGAAAUCGUACGUGAUAGGCCUUAAGGCUUUGGAUGACUUAUUAGAUGCAUUUGUGAAUCUUAAUAAUACUGAAACAAUGAGUGGUACAAUUUGCCCGGAAGUUUUGUCCUCUACAAUUGCAAAGGAAUUUGAGUUGAAUGGGUAUAAACUAUUUACUUCUCUUCCAUUUCUUCCAGAUAAGCUUGACUGUGAUGAUGAAAUAGGGUCUGCCACAGCUUUAAUUAUUCGUUCCUCUAUCUUUUCUCAGCCCAAGAUGCACGGCAUGCUUCUAUCCUGGUCAAAGAAUGGUUUUUCUGUGGGAGUACGGUUACUAUCUUAUGCAUCAAGACUAGCUUAUGAGGUAUCCAUGGUGGAUUCUAUAGGAGAUACAACGGUUGAUAAAGAUUCUGCUAAAAGAAGUGAUUUAAGUAUGCCUUUUCUGGUAUUUCACGUUGAUGGUUAUAUUUCUUUUCUCAAUGGAGAAAAGGAGAAUUCUCUUUCAACUCUUGCUUCUACUUCAAAGAUAGACAAUAAGUUAUUCUCAAUGUUGGUAGAUAGUGCAUUUGCUGCUUACAGAUGUUUCCUUAUGCAUUCAAGGACUAUCUUACAUAAAGAUGCUGAUACAUCUCUGACAAAGCUCCUCAUUUCUGACUUGAUAUCUUGUACUGAAUGGGGAAGGAAAAGAUUGAAAUUUUUAUUCUGCAGUGUCUUUCAUCAUCUUUCUGAUUUAUCCAUCAGUAAGGAAGACAUCAUCAGGUUACUUGUCAGCCAGUUGGAUCACACCGAUCUAGUUGAUAUACAGUUUGAAAUUGGCUUGAAAAAAUUAUCUGUAUUUGGUGAGAACACUGAAACCAUUUUGCACUUAAUUGAGAGCUCUCUCAAAUGGGGCUGUCUGGAACAACAUAAGUUGUGGGGGUUGAUUAGAUCGGAGCUUGCUGUUUCCAAGGUGCAACUGGAGAAGGUGAUUUUGGGAUUUUUCUGCUCAGGUGAACUAGAUGCAAAAAGAAAUGCCAUUGCAGUUGAAGGCCUUCUUACAUUGUGUAGUUGUCGUGCACCCACACCUGAGCUUGUUGGGGCAAUCAUGUUAUUACCUAAUAAUGUGUUCCAGGACUUUGCUGCUGCGGUUCUGGCAACAUGGGUCAUGUCUAAUGCCUCAAUGUUAUUUGAUAGCUUAGCUAAUUUUUCUGAGAAACUUGAUAACAAGACUGGGGAUUCUGGUUUUCUCAAUUCAGCUGGGAUUAUGAUAAACCAUUCUGCCGUUUUAUGGUUAUUCAAUUAUUUUAGUGCACAAGGAAUGAAUGGCUCCAUUAUCUUGAGAAAUUUCUCCCUGGAUAUUCCAGCCAAAAAGAAAUCUGGUGGUUCUGAUGAAUAUUAGAGAAUGCCUUUUUUAUGAGAAG